GCCGGGGUGGGGGCCGGGGCUGCCAGCCUGGCCCGAGCCCGUCAAGCGGCUCAUUGUCCCUGCCCCGGGUGUCACUCGGCGGCACCGGCAGCAUGUGGCACUGAGCGGGGCCGGCGGCGGCACCGGGCGCACGGAAAGGCCAUGGCAUCGCCGGACGGAGCGAGCGGCGCGGAGGGUGGCCCCGAGGAGCCGGAGCUCAGCAUCACCCUGACCCUGCGCAUGCUCAUGCACGGCAAGGAGAUCGGCAGCAUCAUCGGCAAGAAAGGAGAGACGGUUAAGAGGAUACGGGAGCAGAGCAGUGCACGCAUCACCAUCUCGGAGGGGUCCUGCCCCGAGCGCAUCACCACCAUCACCGGCUCCACCGAUGCCGUCUUCCGUGCCGUCUCCAUGAUCGCCUUCAAGCUGGAGGAGGACCUGGGAGCAGGGAGCGCCGAGGGGGCCGCGGCGGGCAGAGCGCCGGUGACGCUGCGCCUCGUCAUCCCCGCCAGCCAGUGCGGCUCGCUCAUCGGCAAGGCUGGAGCGAAGAUCAGAGAGAUCCGGGAGAGUACGGGGGCUCAGGUGCAGGUGGCUGGCGACCUCCUGCCCAAUUCCACUGAGCGCGCUGUCACCGUCUCGGGGGUGCCGGACACCAUCAUCCAGUGCGUCAGGCAGAUCUGCGCCGUCAUCCUGGAGUCGCCUCCGAAGGGGGCCACCAUCCCCUACCACCCCGGGCUCUCCCUGGGCACCAUCCUGCUCUCUGCCAACCAGGGUUUCUCCAUGCAGGGGCAGUACGGUGGGGUCUCUCCAGCAGAGGUCACGAAGCUGCAGCAGCUGUCGGGGCACACUGUCCCCUUCACGUCCCUGGGCCACCCACCCUCCAUGGUGCCAGGCCUGGACUCCAGCUCGCAGAGCAGCUCCCAGGAGUUCCUGGUGCCCAAUGAUCUGAUCGGCUGCAUCAUCGGCCGGCACGGCAGCAAGAUCAGCGAGAUCCGGCAGAUGUCGGGCGCCCACAUCAAGAUCGGGAACCAGACCGAGGGGUCCAGUGAGCGGCACGUCACCAUCACCGGGUCCCCCGUCAGCAUCACCCUGGCUCAGUACCUCAUCACCGCCUGGUAAGCUCCCC